CCGAAACAAAGAUAACCCACCCGGACAAGCGACCAAGAAAAUCCCCCCAAUGGAUCAUCGCCUCGUGGCCCCCUUCCUCGUCCUCCUGGGCCUCCUCCUCUCCCCGCCGCCGGCAGCGGCGGCCGCGGGGGAGGAGGAGCCCCUGAUCCGGCAGGUCGUCGGGGGCGCCGACCCCCUCGACAACGACCUGGAGCUCGACUCGCAGUUCCUCGGCUUCGUGCAGCGGUUCGGGAAGACCUACAGGGACGCGGAGGAGCACGCGCACCGGCUCUCCGUCUUCAAGGCCAACCUCCGCCGCGCGCGCCGGCACCAGCUGCUCGACCCGUCGGCCGAGCACGGGGUCACCAAGUUCUCCGACCUCACCCCGGCCGAGUUCCGCCGGACCUUCCUGGGGCUCAAGACCACCCGCCGGUCGUUCCUGCGGGAGAUGGCCGGGUCGGCGCACGACGCGCCCGUCCUCCCCACCGACGGCCUCCCCGAGGACUUCGACUGGAGGGACCACGGCGCCGUCGGCCCCGUCAAGAACCAGGGUUCGUGCGGGUCGUGCUGGUCGUUCAGCGCGUCCGGGGCGUUGGAGGGGGCCAACUACCUGGCCACGGGCAAGAUGGAGGUGCUCUCCGAGCAGCAGCUGGUCGACUGCGACCAUGAGUGCGACCCAGCAGAACCUGAUUCAUGCGAUGCUGGAUGCAACGGUGGGUUGAUGACUUCAGCCUUCAGCUAUCUGUUGAAAUCUGGUGGCCUUGAGAGAGAAAAGGAUUACCCUUACACCGGGAAGGACGGUACCUGCAAAUUUGAGAAGUCCAAGAUUGCUGCCUCAGUUCAAAACUUCAGCGUUGUCGCUGUUGAUGAAGAACAGAUUGCUGCUAACCUUGUGAAAUAUGGACCGCUGGCCAUCGGUAUCAACGCUGCAUACAUGCAGACAUACAUCGGCGGAGUGUCAUGCCCAUACAUCUGCGGCAGGCACCUCGACCACGGUGUCCUUCUCGUCGGCUACGGGGCGUCCGGCUUCGCGCCUUCCCGCUUCAAGGAGAAGCCCUACUGGAUCAUCAAGAACUCAUGGGGCGAGAACUGGGGGGACAAGGGUUACUACAAGAUCUGCAGGGGCUCCAACGUGCGAAACAAGUGCGGCGUCGACUCCAUGGUCUCCACGGUGUCCGCCACGCACGCCUCGAAGGAGGAGUAGGCUCUGUUCUGAUGUGAUCGGCAGCCCUCCUGGAGUCGAUCUUGGUUUCGGUGUAUCGCUAGAAAGAAACUUUAAUACCUAGUAGUCGGCUAGGCUCCAUCGUCGUUGUGGUAUCAGCAGCGAAGAUGCGAAGCCGCAACAGAAUGCUUGCUGUAUAACUUGUGCAUUUGCUAAAUUUGCUACGCCAUGCAUGUCUGCCACACGCUAUUUGGAUGUGGCUAAAGAACUCCUGAAUAAUUCUGUACAUAAUAUGUAUUGCUUUCAUUA